GCCACACUGUGACGCACGACUCGUCGCGCUGCAUCAGCUGUGAUCUCGACGAGGACAAGUGCUCGCCGGAGCCGCGCGCCAUCCCUAUAUCAGCCGACACCACCACCCCAAUGCCGUCGGUGCAACCCACCCGGCGAUCUCCGCCGCCUCCCGUCGCCUCCUCGUCCAGAAUGACUCCUCCGCCGCCCGCGUCGCCGACGACGCACCAGGUCGGCGCCCGCCAGGCGACGCGCUCGCGCACGCGCACGCGUGGCGGCCCCGGCGGCCCGUCGCAGUCGUCGUCGCGCCAGCGCUACAGCUCCGAGGACCACCCGCUGAGCCCGCACAAGCUCUCGGCGCGCGGGUACCACUCGUUCAAGUGCCUCGAGGUGCCGUUCCACGUGCACAAGCGCUACACGUUCCUGCGCGAGCUCGGCAUCGGCGCGUACGGCUGCGUGGCGCUGGCGAGGGACAGCGUGCUGGACUGCAAUGUUGCCAUCAAGAAGAUCACCCGCGUGUUUGAGCGCGACGUGCUCGCCCGCCGAGCGCUGCGCGAGGUCGCCGUGCUGCGGCAUAUCGGCAUGUGCGGCAACGUGACGGCGCUACUCGACUUCGACGCCAGCUUCAUCGAGUUCAACGAGAUCUACCUCGUCAUGGAGGCCAGCGAGGCCGAUCUCUCCCAAAUCAUCCGCUCCGGCCAGUCGCUGUCCGACUCGCACCUGCAGUACUUCCUUGCGCAGAUUCUGCGCGGCGUGCGCUACAUGCACGCUGCCAACGUCAUCCACCGUGACCUCAAGCCGGGCAACCUGCUCGUCAACGCCGACUGCCAGCUCAAGCUGUGCGACUUCGGCCUCGCUCGCGCCCACGCCUCGUCGAGUGAGCUCGCGCCGCCACACGCGGCCGGCAGCGACUCGUCGCAUCAUUCCGAGCCGGAGCAAGAUCACGCCACGCCGGGCCAGCCGGCCCCGCCGACGUCGGACGACGGGCGGUUACAGUCGCCCGAGGUGGAGCCCGUCGCCGACACGGUUGCAUCCGUCGAGGUGCGCCACAGCUCCAUGUCGCAGACCGUCGGGCGUGCGGCCAAGGCGACGCCCGACGCCGCGGCCGUGCCGAGCCGGCUGCGCACGUCGCGUCUUGCCUGGCCCGGCGGCCCGCUGACGGAGUACGUCGCCACGCGAUGGUACCGCGCGCCCGAGGUGAUGCUGUGCUUCAAGGGCGGCUACGGCGCCGAGCUGGACAUGUGGAGCGUCGGCUGCAUCCUCGCCGAGCUCAUCGCCGGCAAGCCCAUCUUUGCCGGCAAGGACUACGUCGAUCAGAUCGCCCGCAUCAACAACGUGCUUGGCAGCCCGUCGCAGGCCACCAUCGACAAGAUCGGCAGCGAGCGCGCCAAGACCUACGUCAAGAGCCUGCCGACGAUGCCUGCGGUGCCGUUCAGCAAGCUGUACCCCAAGGCCUCGCCGCUCGCCAUCGACCUGCUCUCCAAGCUGCUCACCUGGGACCCGGAUGAGCGCAUCUCUGCGCAGGAGGCGCUCGAGCACCCGUGGCUGGCCGCCUACCACAAGAGCAACGCCAGCUGGACGCGGCCAGAGGGCUUCUCGCGCUUUGCCGAGGUCGAGCUCAUCGAGUCGAUCAGCGACUUCAAGCGCGCCCUCGAGCGCGAGUCCAACGAGCUCAAGGACGAGCUCGCCGCCAUGGAGGCCGAGGAGGCAGAGGAGCGCCGCCUGGAGGAGGAGUGCGCACAGGCCGAGGCCGCUGCGCACGCCGACGGCGAUGGCGAUGCCGACGACAGCGAGUCAGAACUGCGCGAGACAGCAGCACCGCGCAGUGCUGCUGGGUCCGCCACGACCAGCGGGCCAGCCGGCUCGAGCUCGUCGUGCAGCGUCUCGUCGCAAUCGCGCACGCGGCCCGUCAGCGCCUCGUCGCCAGACGCCUCGCCGCUGCCGACGCCGUCUUCACCGGCUACCAGCGCCGACGCCUACGAGACAGAUCCCACGUCUGCGAGCGCUCCGCACAGCCUCUCGAACAGUUUCUCCAAGCACCGUCGCGGCCGCGAGGUCUCGUCGGAGUCGUACGCGUUGCACACUGCCGACGACGACACGACGCUGCGUGCACGGGCUCUCGACGACUCGCUCAUCGCGCACGGCCUGCUCCGCCCGCAAUCGGACGAGUCGCAACUCGAGCGCCCCGCGUACCGGCGCCGAGCGCUGUCCAACGCCAUCUGCCUCAGCGGCAAGAGCGCCGCGGCGCAGCGUCGCGCAGCCGACAGCGACUUGACCCUCAGUGUGCGCAGCCUCAUGCCGUUCGGCGUGCGACGCAUCACCGAGGUGCCUCCGUCGCCGGCGCACCGCACCGACAUCAUCGCGCGGCCGAAACAGGGCUUCGAGAGCGUGAGCCGCCGGCCACACGAGAGCAAGCUGCUGAGCCACUCGACCGACACUCGCUGGCGCGACCACCUGCGCCGCCUCGGCCUCAGCGAGGAGCAGGCCUCGCAGCUCUCGCACAUGCACAUGCCGGCGCUCAACAGCGCGAGCCCGCAGGCAUUCGACAUCCACACGCGCGACGAGAGCCACGAGGGCAGCGACUCGACGGUCGGCCGACGCGGCGGCAGUCCCGAGUGCGCCUCGCGCUCCUCUCCCAUCGCAGCGUAGUCCUCCCCUCAUCCCUCC